AUGGCAACCGAAGUUGAAGAAACUAUCAAAAGAAUCCAAGCCCAUAAAGGUGUUAUGGGAGUAAUCAUUGUGAAUCACGAAGGAAUACCGAUCAAAAGCUCUCUGGACAAUGCUACUUCAGUAUUAUAUUCUGGCUUGAUUGGUCAGCUCACUGAGAAAGCUAAGAAUGUAGUUCGAGAAAUGGACUCAACAAAUGAGCUGACAUUCCUUCGUGUUAGGAGUAGAAGACAUGAAAUUUUGAUUGCACCUGAUCGCGAGUUCAUUCUCAUAGUGAUACAAAACACAUCAGAC